CUCCUGAGUGGCCCUGUUUCUUUAAAGAAAGCAGCACAAUCGGAAACUCAGUUUGGAAGUAGUUUCGUUUUCAGUGUAAGGAUCCAGAGCUGUAACUUGGAAGACCAUCUCUCACAGAACAUAGGCUGAUAUGAACGAAAUAACUGAUAAGGAAACUCUGGUCGCUGAGAGUGAGGUGACAGAGGAGGACCAAGAGAAAUAUGCAGAAGGAGAUGUGACAGAUGCAAAACCUGACCGGAAAGGGAGAUUUAUCCUUUUUGGCAGUAAGAAGGAUGGCAAGGUGCAGGAAAAAAAGCAAUCUUCUGAAAGCCAUUACAGGAUUGUUUCACCAACAUUCCAGUAUAAGAUGAGCCACCAGCGUGUGGGCAAGUGCAUCAUCAUCAACAACAAGAACUUUGAUGAAAAGACAGGGAUGAACGUACGCAAUGGCACAGAUCGUGAUGCAGGAGAGCUGUUUAAAUGCUUUAAAAACUUGGGCUUUGAAGUUUUCAUCUACAAUGACCAGACCUGUAAGAAUAUGGAACGGCUUCUUAAAGAGAUCUCAGAAGAGGACCACAGCGACAGCUCCUGCUUCGCCUGCAUCCUGUUGAGCCACGGCGAGGAGGGCAUGAUUUACGGCACGGAUGGAGCCAUGCCCAUCAAGAGCAUGACCUCACUCUUCAGAGGAGACAUGUGCAAGAGCCUUGUGGGAAAGCCCAAGCUCUUUUUCAUCCAGGCUUGUCGAGGUUCAGAGUUUGAUGAUGGCAUACAGACAGACUCAGGACCGCCCAAUGACACGAUAGAGACAGAUGCCAAUCCAAGACACAAGAUUCCAGUAGAGGCAGAUUUCUUGUUUGCAUACUCUACUGUUCCAGGUUAUUACUCCUGGAGGAAUCCGGGCAGAGGGUCCUGGUUUGUCCAGGCCCUCUGUAAUGUUCUCAAUGAGUUUGGCAAACAACUUGAGAUCAUACAGAUCCUCACACGGGUCAACUACAUGGUGGCCACCAGCUUCGAGUCCUGGUCAGAGGACCCCCGUUUUAGCGAGAAGAAACAAAUACCCUGUGUGGUCUCGAUGUUGACUAAAGAGCUCUACUUCAACUGAUUUGAAUAGUCCAUUUCACAUGCUUUGCUCCAUCUGCCUUUUUUCAGAACACAGAUUUUCUUGCCAAGGAUUUAAAGAAAUAGUUCACCCAAAAAAUGAAAAUUCUGUCAUCAUAUACUCACCUUAAUGUCGCUCCAAACCUGUAUGUCUUUCUUCCGUGGAACACAAAAGGGGAAUUUUUAAAAAGUCAUCUCAGGGUUUAUUUGCCAUAUAAUGAAUAGUAAUUCUGGUCUCCCAAUCUUGAAAAAGGACAAUAGAAGCACAGCAAAAGUAAUCGGAAGAAAGAAAGUCACAUGUUUAGAGUGACAUUAGGUUGAGUAAAUAGUAACAGAAUUUUCAUUUCUGAGUGAACUAUUUCUUAAACAGUAGCACACUUAUAAUUUGUGAUCUUUUUUCACUAAAUAUUAGCCAAAUUGUUAUAAUUUUUUGUCAUUAAUCGCCAUACAGAGGGAAACCUCAAUCUAAUACUUGAUCAAAAUAUUUGUUACAGUCAUUUUAAGCAAGAAAUUGUCAAACGGUGCACAUAUCUGGAUAGCAAGCAGUGAGGGACUGACCACUGACUGACUCACUGACUGACUUCACUUGACCAAUCGGUCACAAAAUUCAGGGAUGACCUAAACCCAGCUGGAAGUGUUGUUGUGUGUGUGUGAAAGCAAUUUUUUACGUUUUAUAUGCUGGGCAUACGGACACCGGAAAAGUUUUUCUCGGUGCUACUUCAUGUUCAAGUUUUGGUGGUUCCAAAACUUCCUUGUUUUAUUCCAGGGAAUGGUGAUGUCACAUAUGAUCUGAUCUUUGUCAACUGGCAGUGUAAAAUAUCCAUGUUGCUUUGCCAACUUUGAAAGUUUGCUGCCAACUUUCUCAAUAAAACGCCAGUGGCUUUAUAUGGCUCAAAGGCGUCUGCUCUUUUGGAAUAUCAAUCUACUAAUAUUAAGUUCCUGCCUUGAUCAGCGUUUCAAAGAUUCAUUUUUGUAGCUGUUAAAAACAGCUGAAAAAUGGAGUGGGGCUUAUCUAUUAUGUUUUAUCUGUUUGUCAGUAUCUCAUCUGUCAUUAAUACUCUUUGAAAAUCCAUAGAAAUGACUGAACCUUAUCACUACAGUAAACUUUAUUUUUCUGUUUUACUUACUAUGCCACCAAAAGCAAUGGUAGUUUUUAAUUGCUUUUCAUCAUAGCUUCAGCCAUGCAGUCUAUGAUUCUUUUUUUAAUUUCCAUAAGUCCUUAAGUUUGGCUAGCAAAGGUACUGAAUGGUUAUUUCACAUUUUUCUGUCACCACUUAUUACAUGUUAAUUCCACCAGCCUUUUUAUAUUAAUAAUUAUAACAGUCAAAGUAUCUUUUGUAUUGCAUUUUCAGCUUUACAAUUCUAAGCCUAAAUGGCUAUUUGUAGGAUUUCAGUUUGGUUUGGCUUGGUUCCUAGUCCAGAAUGCUCUUUAAAGGGGGUCAAAGAAAGGGAUUGAAUGGAAACGGAGUGGCAAAUACUGAAGUAAUGCUGACACCUGCCUGUUUUAGAGGCUAUUCAUUCAUCCCUCACUAGUUAGUUUGUGUUCACCGAAAAAAAUUACCCCCUGUAUUCAAUGUGUAAUUUUAAGCACAGUGUAGCUUUAAAGUUGUCUGAUGUUUUGUAUUGAAUUCAUAGGCAGCUAUAGUACCACUGGUGACCAGUUUAACCAUUUAUCAUCUGUCCCAGCUGACCAGAUCUGCUGUUUCAACUUUAAAGAAAUAGUUCACCCAAAUAUGAAAAUUCUAUAAUUAUUUGACACCUUGUGUGUUGUUAUUUUUUUGUAUGUAACACAAAAGGAAAAAUGUUCAAGAGUCUUCAUGCAGCCGUUAUCUAUACUACAUAGUGACCAUGGCUGUCAAGCUCCAAAAAGGACCAAAAACACCAUUAAAGAAAUAAAAGUAUUCUAUAUGACUUGUGCACUAUAUUUCGGAUCUUCUGAAGCAAUACUAUAGCCUUUUGUGUGGAACAGACUGGAAUUUAGGUAAUAAUUCACAGAAAAAAAUAAAUAAAUUACACUGCAUCUCUCUAGUUGUAGUUAAAAUGAGCUGCUUAAAAAUUCUUUAAAAUUUGUCCUUUUGUGUUCCAUGAAAAAUAACAGCAUACCGGUUUGGAGCAACUUGAGGAUGAGUAAAUACAGAAUUUUCAUUUUUUAAGUGAACUAUUGCUUUAAUGAAAGGCUCUGAUGUGUUGGCUGUGUUUGUGAGCCGGUUGUGUUGGGUUUCGUUGAACACUUUUUUUUUCCUUACAGUUCUUUUUGUAUUUUUCAACCUCAUUUAUAUACUGUAUAUACUAUUCAUCCAAAUCACGCACUGAAUCUUCCAGCCUGUGCACCAACUAAGUGCACCGAUAAGGCUCUCUCCUCUGCAUGGAUUAUUAGUGAAGUGCUCCGACUAUAUAAAAGGAAGUGUUUGCUCCACUUGUUUUGAAAUGGAAUUGAAGGGGGGCAAACACAAUUUUAUAUUUUAUUGUAAAUUAUUUUAAAUGCUUUACAGUGAUAAUAUAAAUGUUUAUUGAAAUCAUUACAAAUUAUUUAAAUGAAAAAAAUAUGAUAAUAUAUGAUAUUUUUGGCACAAAUGCCGUGCAAAUUUUUUUGUAUUGUAGUAGCAUUAUAUUGUACAAAGUGGGGCUGAAUUUUGUUUAAAUUACUUCACAUCAAAUGAAUG